CUCUUUCUGAACGAAAUUCAACAAAACCACUUCGCGUCCGCUCUGCUCAAUCAGAAUCCGAAAGAAACCGAAAGGUCUCAGACAUCCAAAGCUUGAAAGAAAGGUCUCUGAAACUUGGAGUACUCGGUUUUCACUUUACCUUCUCUCUCUCUCUCUAGCAAAUUUCCUAGGGUUCGGUUGUUGUUCGGUUUGAUCUCUGGUGUUCAAAGCUCUUCGGAUCACAAGCUUUGAAGUCUGCAAAAUGUGAGCGAUUUACAGACUCAGGUUAAGAAGUCGAUACCCUUUAAUUUGAUUUGUGUGCUAUAAAUACUCCAACCAAAUAUCCCCUGUUUGUGUUCACCAACAUGGCUUCAGUUGGUUCGGUUCCUUCAACAAUUGGAAAACCUAGUGGUGAUACUAUGUUUGUCGACAAGCUCCCAGAGGGAAUUAAUGACAUGAAGAUCCAAGAUGACAAGGUGGAAAAGGAAAUGGAAGCAACAGUGGUGGAUGGAAAUGGAACUGAAACUGGUCACAUCAUUGUAACCACUAUUGGUGGUAGAAAUGGUCAACCCAAACAGACAAUCAGUUAUAUGGCGGAGCGCGUCGUUGGACAAGGUUCUUUUGGAAUUGUAUUUCAGGCUAAGUGCCUGGAAACUGGGGAAAGUGUUGCAAUCAAGAAGGUUUUGCAGGAUAAGAGAUAUAAGAACCGUGAAUUGCAAACAAUGCGAAUUCUUGAUCACCCCAAUGUUGUCUCACUCAAACACUGCUUCUUUUCGACUACAGAGAAAGAUGAACUUUAUCUCAAUCUGGUUCUUGAAUAUGUACCUGAGACUGUCUAUCGUGUAUCAAGACACUACAGCAAGGCAAAUCAGCGAAUGCCCAUGAUAUAUGUCAAACUCUACACAUAUCAGAUUUUUAGAGCUUUGGCAUAUAUUCAUGGAAUAGGAGUCUGCCACAGGGACAUUAAGCCUCAAAACCUACUGGUUAAUCCCCACACUCAUCAGCUCAAACUCUGUGAUUUUGGAAGUGCAAAAGUCCUGGUAAAAGGCGAGCCAAAUAUAUCAUAUAUUUGUUCUCGUUAUUAUCGUGCACCUGAACUCAUAUUCGGAGCGACUGAGUACACAACUGCAAUUGACAUAUGGUCUGUGGGUUGCGUCCUUGCUGAAUUGCUUCUUGGCCAGCCUCUCUUUCCAGGCGAGAGUGGAGUUGAUCAGCUUGUUGAAAUAAUCAAGGUACUUGGUACACCAACUCGUGAGGAAAUUAAAUGUAUGAAUCCGAACUAUACAGACUUCAAAUUCCCACAAAUCAAGGCUCAUCCCUGGCACAAAAUUUUUCACAAGCGAAUGCCUCCUGAAGCUGUAGAUCUUGUGUCAAGACUUCUUCAGUACUCUCCGAACUUAAGGUGCAGUGCGUUGGAGGCAUGUAACCACCAAUUUUUUGAUGAACUUCGUGAUCCUAAUGCUCGCCUACCAAACAGUCGUCCUUUGCCACCUCUGUUCAACUUCAAACCUCAAGAACUGAAAGGAGCAUCUUUGGAACUCCUCUCAAAACUGAUACCAGAACAUGCUCGGAAGCAGUGCCCCUUCCUCGGUUUCUAAGGUGUAAGAUUAUUCUUAACAUCUAUGGACUGAAUUGUUGGUGUAACAUGUUUGUUUCUUUGUUGACUCAAAAACUAGCGACACUUCCGUUUGUUGUAUUGCUUUUUUUUUCUUUGGAUCAGUACUGUAUUGAUUUUCUUCUGAAAAAUAUUUGUUUGAUGAAAAUUACUGUGUCCUCUUUUGGUUUCUCACUGUGCACAGAUUGUGUCGAGACUAUGAAAUAGCAAGGUCAAGUGCAUCAUUUCUGUAACGUUCUCUUUCGGCCCAUGCAUAAUCCUGUAACAGGAACUAUCGUGUGAUGAUACUUGUAAAUCAAGUGCUCUCACAACCCAGUGGCUGAUGUGUGGACUGCUGCUAGGAUGGUUGUGUUGGGAAAUUGUUAAUUUUGAAGGGUGUUAAUCAAAUUGAACAAGAUUUGUUUGAUUGGCCAAGCUGAACUUGACUGUUUGGAUGGUUCCUGUGACGCCCCUAAAUUCAUUUUCCUUUUUUAAUCCGUUAAUUAUUCAUUAACCCGUGAAAGUAUCCGGCAUAAAUCAGACAGUACGUCAUCACAGGACCAUUCCAAAGUCUAAUGUCCAUUAAUUUGUGUUUAUCAUUUUAUCAAAUUCAAUCUUUAAACAAUAAGGCCUUGAAAUUGGUAAAAUGUCAAGGACAAAUUGAUAGAUAUUGAACCUUGGAAUGGUUGUGUGAUGACAUAGUGUUGGAUUAUGCGGUAUAGACGGGAAUUUUUACGGGUUGAUGCGUGAUCAACGGGUUAAAAAAAGACUAUUGGGUUUAGAGGCG